AUAUUUUCAAAGUUUUCAUAUUAGUUUUUCCUCUCUAUACAAUUCAAACCCAUCAUGCAAAUCUAUCUUUGAAGAGGGUGAAUUGGAAUUAAGUAAGAAACAGAAAAUGCCUCGACGCAUGAAGGAGGAAGAGAGGAUCGAAAUGAUCAUUCGUGGGCUUCUGAGGCAACCGGAGAACAAGAGAUGCAUCAACUGCAACAGUUCGGGGCCUCAGUAUGUCUGCACAACUUUCUGGACGUUCGUCUGCACAAGUUGUAGUGGAGUGCAUCGGGAAUUCACACAUCGAGUUAAGUCAGUGUCAAUGGCGAAAUUCAAUGAAGAAGAGAUUACAGCUCUUCAAGCUGGUGGAAAUGGGAGAGCAAGGGAAAUUUACUUCAAAGCUUGGGAUCCACAGCGUAACAAUCUUCCCGACAACAGUAAUCUUCAAAGGCUUCGAGAAUUUGUCAAACAUGUCUACGUAGAUCGGAAGUAUGCUGGUGAAAAUAGUUCUAACAGGCUACCGAUGGUUAAGUUGGAUUCAAGGGACAAGACCUUGCAGCGGCAUUCUUCUGAAAAACUGAGUCGGGGUAUAAGGGACAACUUUUUCGAGAGGUCUUCUUUCGAAAGAACUAGUAAGAGUGGAAGAGAUGAGGUCCACGACCAUAGUUCAUUUGAGAAAUCUAGCCCAUCUAAAGGGAACCAUGAGUUGAAUAUAAAAGAUAUUUUUGAGGAAAGAAGUCCUCGACACAAACAAGAAAACAUGAGAUCUAGUGGCCCCAAGAGCCGUUCUACUCGUUUUGAGAUAGUCGACGACAGGUUCCGAGAAGAAGGAGGUGUGAAGCGCUAUGAGAGGCACUCAAGGAAAGACUCUGGAGGUGGGAGCAGGUCACCUGGAUCUCAGAGGAGUCGAGCAACGAGUCUCCCGGAAAUACGCCCCGUCUCAGAUAUUUUUGGUGAGAAACCUCCACCUUUAACAAUUAGUGGACCUCCAGGAGCUACUAAUCAAAAGGAUGCUGAGGGUUCUGCCAGAGGGCAGAAGGCAGCCAAUGCUACUAUUCCAGGGCGACCUGGUGGGGAGGAAAAGCAAAAUGAGACAGUAAAUUCUAGUAGCUUGAUUGAUUUUGAUGCCCAGCCUGAGUCUACUAAUCAAUGCGCAGAACCUCAGGCACAGAUAAUGGCUGCAAAAAGUGCUAGUGGAAGCAGCCCUGUUGCAUCUUCCACAACUCCAGUGGCUGCAAAUACUCUUAAUAUGACUUCAGUGGAAUCUUUGUUAUUUGACUGGUCAGAUGCGCCGUCAGCUGAUGCAACUGCAGCUCAAUUGAGCAGUUCUAGCGCUGCUGAUAGUGGGCCGGCAAAGGCUACUGAAGUUUCUAAUGGUGUUGGAUCUCUUGCAGUCACUAACAUGAAGCAUGAUGAAACACUGCAUGGUGAUAACAGAGAUCAUACUGUGUCAAUGUCUCAGAUCAAUCAGCUGCCCUCUAAGGAGCAAUACCACAAUUUUGCGGCUCCUCCUGGGAAUGCUAUCUCGGGUGCUCAACCAAGUGCCAAAUCUGUUGAAUCUUUGUACAAUCAGCAGUUAAACAAAUUACCUGCAUCAAAUUGUCUAGCACCAGUUCAAACUGUUGAACUUGAGAAAUCAUCAAAGGCUGCUGAUACAGGAGAAGGGUCACCAACUAAAGGGAGAAAGGAACUUCCACAGGACCUUUUCAGUUCAAAUUUCACAGCAUUCUCUCCAGCAGUUGCUGGUUGGCAGAUGCAUCAACCUCAUGGGGCAGGAUAUGCCAUGCAAUUCAAUAAUCCCAGAAUGUCUGUAGCUGCUUUUCCGAUUUCCACAAACCCAAGUAAUCCUUUUGAUGUUGGUGAUGGAAGAUUCCAAGUUCAAACAGCAAUGUUUCCUUCAAUGUCAUCGCUGCAAGGGGCUCUGCCCAACAUGGCCGCUUCAAAAGCUUUAGAGUCUCAGUCAUCACCUUAUGCAGCUGCGUUGUCUUCUCAUGCAUCCCCAUACGGCGUGGACUUGCCUCAAGUUCCUGGAGCUUACAUGGGGCAGCUACCCAGUAACAUCCCACUUACCAGGCCACAAGGAGUUGCUAACAUUGGCCAAUCCGAAGAUGCAUUUGCAUCCCUUAACCCCAUUCAGCAAGCAAGUGGAAAAGACACUUCGCCUGCGGGACCUAAUUCUUUGUUAUCACGAGGAAAUCCAUUUGGAUAAUGGCUAAGCGGUUGAGCACUGAGAACAAGCACUAUGUGUGAAGUUAAAACUUUCAUUUUCCAUGCAAAAAAAGGCUAGAAACAACAAAAAGUUUGUGAAGGAUUAGAGAUACAUGUGAUUAGGGAAAGUUUACACUAUGGAGUCAUGGUGUGAAUUUUUGGAAGUUAAGGUGAAAAAGGGUUGUAUAUAUGCUCUAUGUGAUAGGUUAUACGUAUGAGGUUUUUCCUUACUUUGUGUGAUGUCUCUGAUUCACUCUCUAUAUUAGUAUUGCUCUUAUAAAAUUCACUGUCAGCUAGAGAUUGUAACGCGGGAUAGCUGUUCUGUGGUCGAUAGACAAAAAUGUAAAUUGUAGAAUACAGUUGUACCCAUGAUCAAGAAGUCUUGUAUUUUUCAGCACUCUUUUAUGCUGAAACUUGCAUGGUUGUCUCUUCGUUUUUUGGUAGAAAGAACAAUUUACUUAAACUUUCUUUUGUCUGGAAAAGGGAACUCAACAAUCCCUGAAUUAAAUGCAAAUCCAUCUUUAUCUGUUUAUUUAUGAUUUCCUGUCAACUUAUUACAUGUAGUGUGAAAGCAAGCGACUUUCGGUCUUAUAGCUUUUACCAUAAGCCUUUGCUGAACUAAGAUUGCAUAAAUGAUCUCAUGUUUUUGGACAGAUAUAUGCAAUAGAAGGUGCCGUUUCUGUAACCACAUAAUAAAUGUGGUUAAUCUCUUCACCUAUAUACCUACAGCCCUCCAUUUCAAGUACUCAAUUGUUAGAAGCAGGUACUUUUUUCUGUGGAGAGUAAGUGAGCAGGGUGGUUAUGGCGAGGAAGACCGGUGCUGGAGGAGGCCGCGUGGUGGCUGUUAUGGUGGCUGUGGUGGUGUUGGCAAUUAGCGUGAAUGCACAAUUAUAUACCUGCUGGGGAGGAUGUUACAAUGUAUGCUUUCUGAGGAGUAACGGAACAAGUCCGGUGGGGUUGCCAUGCUAUUAUCCGUGUCUCAGUAGCUGCAACCGUGGUUCCGCUUCUGAUUCUCAGUUCUAUUGUCAGAUUGGAUGCUCUUUGGAACGAUGUGAUCCAGUUAGCAAUGAUGGUGCAAGAUUGGAGAAUUGCCUUGGCAGUUGCACCAAACUCUGCAAGUCUUAAAGAAGUUGGUGCAUGAACUGAAUAACAAUUUCUUCAAGAUUUAGAGUAGUUUCUUGCCAAUGAUGAAAGGAUCUGAUAACUUGGAUCUGCUUUAUGUAAGGAAUAUAGUUCUUGAGAUUUCAUUUCAGCAGUUGAUGCC